UGUGGGGACCCCCCCCCCGCGGAGCCAUGGGAUCGGAGGAAGCAAGUAAUUUUCCAAGGAAAUAAAAUUUCUAAUAUCGAUAAGAGUAUAUGGAAAGAAUACCCUUGGACUGAGCAACUAAUUCUCAGUGACAAUCAGCUGACUGAAUUACACAAGGAUAACUUUGAAGGCCUGCUAUCCCUCCAGUUUUUAGAUUUAUCCUGCAAUAAGAUACGCUAUAUUGAAAGAGGGACAUUCGACUCAUUACCUUUCCUGAAGUAUAUCAAUUUAGGUUGCAAUUUAAUGGUGGAAGUAAGCUUUGGAACAUUUCAGGCAUGGCAUAGACUGCAGUUCUUAUACAAAAUAAUUCUCAACCGUAAUCCUCUGGCAGUUAUUGAAGACCCUUACCUUUUCACACUGCCAGCAUUAAAAUAUCUAGACAUGGGGAAAACACACGUGCAACUUAAGACAGUUGAGAACAUCCUCCUGAUGAGUCUUGAGUUGGAAAAACUGAUCUUACCUUCCCACCUGUCCUGUUGCCUCUGUCAACUUAAAAGCAAGAUUGAGGCUAUCUGCAAGACAGUCACGCUGCACUGUGAAAAUGGAUGCCAGGCAAACACCACACAUUGUUUUGAAGGCGCGUCUUCGAGCAGCCUGGAAGAAGCGUUCCUGAAGGCGCUGCAGUCCCGGAAGGAGGCCACCAGCACCCAGCUGACUAUUCAACCAGACGGGGGAGAGGAAAACAGCAUUGAAGACACUGAGAAGGAGGAAAAAAGACGUCAAAGGAGGAACAGAGUCCACAAGACACCCAGAAGCACACAGAAAAGGCACUCCAAGAAAGCCAGGGGAAAGAGCCACUGGAGGAAACCGAGUGCCCAGCCACCUGAGGAGAGCGCUGCCGUUGACCAGAGGCAGCUCAGGAGCCCAUCCUCCAUGGAGCUGGACAUGGUGCAGAAACCCCGGAAGCUAGUGGAAAACUCCUUAACAGAGCCCUCAUUAGCCAGGGAAUACGCGGCAGCAGUCUCUUCCUCCCCAGCACAGUUCUGGAUCAGCAUGGCUUCCAAAUCCACCCCUGAAAAAUCGCUCCCUGAUUACAUCAACAAAAGGAAAGAAUUAACUGACACCAUUUUUGUUUUAGAAGAUGCAAGUGCUAAGGUUAGAGGCAUGGAGGAUACUGAACCAGUCUUAAAAUCCGACGAUAAACAGCAAACUUUUAAAAAGAAAAAAUCGCACUUACAUUUGAUGGCUGCAGUGAGACCUCCGGCGUCUGCAGUGAGGAGCCUCAUAAAUUCCCUUCCACAAGAGGCCUUGUCAUCUUCAGGAGACCUGAGUUCUCUGGCAGACCCUUUGCCAGAAAUAUAUGCUCCUUCAGAUCCUUCGACAGAAAGCACUCCUGUGAAAAAUCAUGCUGUAAGAAGUACUUUUGAAGAAACUCUUACAACCGCUGCUGUACUGGAAGAAACUGCACCAGAAAGUACAAGCCUCAAGAAUCCUGAUGAAGGGGUCACUGUGAACGCACUUGAUAUUUCACCUUAUCAAAGUAAUUCAUCCACUACACGCCAGGACCUCCCUGUCACGGUGCGGUUGUCCGCGGGUGAUCAGUUUGAAAGUGAGCUCUACCAGCAGAUGCAGCCGCUCAUCCCCGACGUGAACGUGAGGAAGCUGAUCGCCCACGUGGUCAGGACUUUGAAGAUGGACUGCUCCGAGGCCCACGUGCAACUGCCCUGCGUGCGGCUCUUGUCCAGGACCAGCCACUUGAUGAAGCUUCUCACUGAGCACCAAGGAUUCACCAUGGCCAAGGCUGACUGGGAUACAGAGCAGUGGAAAACUGAGGACUACCUCAGAGAGAGCCCCGAGGCCCAGAGUGGACCGAAGGGGCGCGUACCAAGUGAGAUGGAAAAAGAAGUCUCUGGACAUGGCUAUAGCAGCAAGCUCAUCUUGGCAAUAUCUAUGACUGCUGUCGUGAUGGUUUUGGUUAUAAUUUUCUGUCUCAUUGAGAUUCAUUCUCACAGAACAGCAAGGAUGUAUGAUGAAGAAAAGUCUUCAAGGGGCUGUUUCCCAUUUCGGCGUAAGAGACACACAAGUGAAAGGGAGAGUCAGGAAGACAGCUACUGGCUAAAGUGGCCGCUGUGGCUUAGGGACAUGUACAGACCUCUUCAUGCCUCGCGCAAGAAAAACAUGGCCAAGAACCUGCAGGACCAGGACACUUCUGACGAUGACGAGUUAUUUGUUAAGGACACAGAGGAGUUCAAUGAAGUGACAGAAACAUCCCAAGCACCGUCAAGCGCUGAUGAGAAUAACGAGGGGACAACAGAGUGAUCCCAUCUUUAUUUUUAAACCCCCUUUUUAUUUUUCACCAUGUUAAAAAUAAAUAUGAAUAAAUAAAAAUGAAUACUUA